CACCUAUACUGGAGCCAACCAUAGUGGCGCUAGUGAGCAACCAGGAACAACAAGACCAGGAAAUGAGCUUCAAAAACGAAGUCUGGUUUUGGCCGCUUGGUUACAACACAUUUUUGGAACUUGUGACGGUCCCACUGGUGGAAAACUUGCUGUACAAAGUGCGUUGUCAUAUUGUGGCGAUUUCGCGAGGAAGCAGAGACGGAGACUGGCUUGGCUGUUUUCGAAUCGCUCCCGGGGAGCUUCGCUUUAUUUGUGACAUCUCUUCAAAACGAUUAAGACAAAGGCUAAAACCAAGACUACACACUCGCUGCUCUUUUCUGUGUGAACAAUCCGUGCAGAAAUGAAACACCAGGGCAACAUGAAUCUGGAGGACUACUUUGAGAGGAUUGGUUUCAAUGGUCCUUCUGACAAAGCAGAUCUGGAAACCCUAAAAAAUGUCCACAGGCAACAUGUCCUCUCAAUCCCAUUUGAAAACCUCAGCAUUCACUGUGGAGAGCGGAUUACCAUGGACCUGGAGUCCGUCUACACCAAGAUUGUGAAAAAUAAUCGAGGGGGUUGGUGCUGUGAAAACAACCAGCUCUUUGCCUGGGUACUGAAAGAGAUGGGCUACACCUACACAACACUGGGGUCAAGAGUGUUCAACAAUUUUAAAAAUGAAUUUAGCCCAUUGGAGUCUCAUCUCAUCAACAAGGUCCUAAUCGAUGGAAGUUCAUACAUAGCAGAUGUGAGCUUUGGGGUGUCUUGUCAGAUACGCCACCCUCUUGAACUUGUCUCAGGAAAAGAUCAACCACAGCUUCCUGGUGUCUUCCGCCUUAUGGAGAAUAGUGGUGUGUGGGUCUUGGAGAAAACAGGAAGAAAGCCCUUCAUUCCAAAUGAGAGCUUUGCCAAUUCAAGUCUUGUAAACAAAAGCUUAACUAGGCAAAUAUACUCCUUCACUCUAACACCACGGAGCAUUGACCACUUCCAGGAAACCGCUCAAUUCCUUCAGACCUCACCAGAGUCUCCAUUCACAAACAAAACUAUCUGCUCCCUGCAGACACCUACUGGAUUUAAGGCACUCAUUGGCUGGACAUAUAGUGAGGUCACCUACAACUACCAGGAUGGGGUUGAUCUGCUUGAUAUGGAGGAUAUAGCCGAUGAUGAAAUAGAAAAAGUAUUAAAGGAAGAAUUUUCCCUGACAUUAAAGAGUAAACAUACUCCCAAAAACACGAAAGGCUGUUAAUGCAAGACUAACCGUCCACACAAACACUUCAUACACAGCGCAUUGUAUGAGAUGUAUGAUCACUGGAAAUCUGACAUAGCCUUCCUCCGUUGUAAUUUGUGGACAUGGACACCUGGACCAGCGUAGUUACUAGUGCAAAAUGAAAUGCAGCCAUCCAAACUGCCUUAACAGCAUGACCCACUCAGCAGCCCAGCUUCAUUGUGAUCCCCAAUCUAUUGAAGCCUUCUAAUUAUACACUUUCUAUUAAUUCCUAUAUCUUUCAUCAAUUUGGGUGUGUUACCACAGUGGUUUGGUGGGGUGGGGCGGGUAGGGGGAAGAAGUGAAGGGUGGGGGAGGGUCCAGUGGGCAGGAGGGGCACAAGCUACAUUGUACCAAGGAUAGGACAUGAAGGGGUGACGGUGGGCAUGGAGUGGUUUAGCAUGGGUUUAUAAUUCCUAACGUAUUCAUAAAUCAUAAUCUGCUAGCAUUAAUUCCUUCACUACACUUCAUAUAGUUCAUUUUAAGAUGGAUCAGUAUCAUCAUAUAUAUUGUGACUUACUAAGCCUUUACUUAUUUACAAAUGUAAUGCAUAUGUGCCUUAAUCAAACAAUAAAUGGUCAAUUUUUUUUCAAAUGUACAAAUCUUUGUGGAUAUGUUUGGUGCAACAAGUGUACACCAACAUACUUAAUAUAAUUUACAUUUGAGGUCCGUGAGAUAUUAACUUCAUAAUCUGUCGUUCUGAGACACAAGAGACACACACAUCGAGUGUCACACUGUCUAUAAAGUAUUUGUUCCAAAA